UGCAAAAAUUGUGUAACAGUUGGUGAAGAGAGUUUCUCAUCCUCCUUUCUUCUUUCGUUGCAAUCCCUGCACCAGGAGGAGGAAUAGUGUUGAGUGUUGAGGCCAAUAGAUAUACACCCUGUGGAUAAGUUUUUGGUGGUGAGAAGAGAAGAGAAAAAAAGAAGGCCAGGAAGGAUCAGUUGAUUUGAACUCCGCUUUUGUGCAUCCCAAAAGGACUCAGUAAAAUCGUCAAAUUCUCGGCGCAAGAUGGCGAAGGCGGCAAAGAAAGCGAAAGGAGAAAAUUUGGAUGAUCUGAAACAAGAAUUAGAUAUCGAUUAUCACAAAAUCUCUCCCGAAGAACUCUAUCAGAGAUUUCAAACACAUCCAGAAAAUGGUCUCAGUCAUGCUAAGGCCAAGGAGAAUCUGGAGCGAGAUGGACCGAAUGCAUUGACACCGCCGAAACAGACGCCCGAAUGGGUGAAGUUCUGCAAGAAUUUGUUCGGUGGCUUCGCCCUUCUGCUCUGGAUCGGAGCCAUUCUCUGCUUCAUCGCCUACUCCAUUCAGGCCAGCACGAGCGAGGAGCCAUCCGAUGAUAAUCUCUAUCUCGGUAUCGUACUUGCCGCUGUAGUCAUAGUUACGGGCAUUUUCUCAUAUUAUCAGGAAUCAAAGAGUUCCAAAAUUAUGGAGUCAUUCAAGAACAUGGUGCCCCAGUUUGCUACAGUCAUCCGCGAAGGUGAAAAGCUCACGCUGCGUGCUGAGGACUUAGUGCUUGGUGAUGUUGUUGAAGUCAAAUUUGGCGACAGAAUACCCGCUGACGUUCGCAUCAUUGAGGCUAGGAACUUUAAGGUGGACAACUCAUCUCUGACUGGCGAAUCUGAGCCCCAAUCCCGAGGACCUGAGUUCACGCAUGAGAAUCCGCUGGAGACGAAGAAUUUGGCUUUCUUCUCCACAAACGCUGUGGAGGGCACGGCUAAGGGUGUGGUGAUCAGUUGCGGUGAUCACACUGUGAUGGGUCGUAUUGCUGGUUUGGCUUCCGGUCUGGACACUGGCGAAACUCCAAUUGCCAAGGAGAUCCAUCACUUUAUCCAAUUGAUUACCGGCGUGGCUGUUUUCCUGGGUGUCACCUUCUUCGUUAUUGCCUUCAUCUUGGGCUACCACUGGCUGGACGCUGUCAUUUUCCUCAUCGGUAUUAUUGUGGCCAAUGUGCCCGAAGGUCUGCUGGCCACUGUCACUGUCUGUCUCACCCUCACCGCUAAGCGUAUGGCUUCGAAGAACUGCCUGGUGAAGAAUCUGGAGGCCGUGGAGACCCUGGGUUCCACAUCCACCAUCUGCUCCGACAAGACCGGUACUCUCACCCAGAACCGAAUGACUGUGGCUCACAUGUGGUUCGACAAUCAGAUCAUCGAGGCGGACACCACGGAGGAUCAGUCGGGUGUGCAGUACGACCGCACCAGUCCCGGAUUCAAGGCUCUGUCCCGCAUCGCGACCCUGUGCAAUCGGGCUGAGUUCAAGGGUGGCCAGGAGGGUGUGCCGAUUCUGAAGAAGGAGGUCAGUGGUGAUGCCUCUGAGGCUGCUCUGCUCAAGUGUAUGGAACUGGCGCUGGGUGAUGUGAUGUCCAUCAGGAAGCGCAACAAGAAGAUUGCUGAGAUUCCAUUCAAUUCCACCAACAAGUACCAAGUAUCCGUUCACGAGACUGAGGACUCUGGUGAUCCACGAUAUCUUCUGGUGAUGAAGGGCGCUCCCGAGCGCAUCCUCGAGCGCUGCUCCAGCAUCUUCAUCAAUGGAAAGGAGAAGGUUCUCGAUGAGGAGAUGAAGGAGGCAUUCAACAAUGCCUACCUGGAACUGGGUGGACUUGGUGAGCGUGUGCUGGGCUUCUGCGAUUUCUUGCUGCCGUCUGAUAAGUUCCCCACUGGCUUCAAGUUCAACACUGACGAUCCCAACUUCCCCCUGGACAAUCUCCGCUUCGUGGGACUCAUGUCGAUGAUUGAUCCCCCGCGAGCCGCAGUGCCGGACGCCGUGGCCAAGUGCCGAUCGGCCGGUAUUAAAGUCAUCAUGGUCACUGGUGAUCAUCCAAUUACGGCAAAGGCCAUCGCCAAGUCUGUGGGCAUUAUCUCGGAAGGCAAUGAAACCGUCGAGGAUAUUGCUCAACGUCUCAAUAUCCCUGUCUCCGAGGUCAAUCCACGUGAAGCUAAGGCCGCUGUUGUGCACGGAUCUGAGCUUCGUGAAUUGUCAUCGGACCAACUCGACGAAAUUUUGCGCUAUCAUACCGAGAUUGUGUUUGCCCGCACAUCGCCGCAGCAGAAAUUGAUCAUUGUUGAGGGGUGCCAGCGAAUGGGUGCCAUUGUAGCGGUGACUGGCGAUGGUGUCAACGAUUCCCCAGCUCUCAAGAAGGCCGACAUUGGCGUAGCCAUGGGUAUUGCUGGAUCUGAUGUGUCCAAACAGGCUGCUGACAUGAUCUUGCUGGAUGAUAAUUUCGCUUCAAUUGUCACUGGCGUGGAAGAGGGACGUCUCAUUUUCGACAAUCUCAAGAAAUCUAUUGCGUACACCCUCACAUCAAACAUUCCCGAAAUCUCACCAUUCUUGGUCUUCAUCUUGUGCGAUGUUCCACUGCCACUCGGCACUGUAACAAUUUUGUGCAUUGAUUUGGGAACUGACAUGGUACCGGCCAUUUCUUUGGCCUAUGAAGCUGCGGAAGCGGAUAUUAUGAAAAGACCACCACGAGAUCCAUUCAACGAUAAAUUAGUAAAUUCCAGGUUGAUCUCAAUGGCAUACGGUCAAAUUGGUAUGAUUCAGGCAGCUGCUGGAUUCUUCGUGUACUUUGUGAUCAUGGCUGAGAAUGGAUUCUUGCCGCAGAAAUUGUUUGGCAUCCGAAAGAUGUGGGAUUCGAAGGCUGUCAAUGAUUUGACUGAUUCCUAUGGUCAAGAAUGGACCUAUCGCGAUCGCAAGACACUCGAGUUCACAUGCCAUACAGCUUUCUUCGUGUCCAUCGUGGUGGUGCAAUGGGCUGAUUUGAUCAUCUGCAAGACCCGCCGCAAUUCAAUCGUGCAUCAGGGAAUGCGCAAUUGGGCCCUCAACUUUGGCCUCGUGUUCGAGACGGCACUCGCCGCCUUCCUGUCAUACUGCCCGGGAAUGGAUAAGGGUCUCCGAAUGUUCCCACUCAAAUUCGUGUGGUGGCUUCCAGCUCUGCCCUUCAUGUUGGCCAUCUUCAUUUACGAUGAGACGCGUCGAUUCUACUUGCGUCGCAAUCCUGGCGGCUGGUUGGAGCAGGAAACUUACUAUUAAAGAAAUUAGCAGUUGCUACACAUUCGAAGCAAAAGAGAAAAAGUGGAGGAAAAAAAAGAGAUGCAAAAGCUAUUAGUGAAAAAAAAGAAACGAUUACUUUCUCAUCUUUCUGUUAAAAUACAAAAGAAGAAAAAAAGAAACUUAAGCGUGAAGAGCAAAUGAAAACACACAACACAACAAGAAGACACACCAUCAGAAAUGCUGUUUUCAACUUUGGUUUUCGCGAAAGCCUCAUUUUCAACACUCUAUAUAGAAAGAUUGAAUGGAAAGUAAAUAAUAUAAUUGAAGUGAGAAGAAGAGUUAUAUUAGAAAGAGAUAAAAAAAAUGAUAAGAAGCAAGCAAGAAAUUCAGAUUUAAAUUAUAGAUUUAAAGUAAAAGAAGAAGAAAAAAAUGGCGGUAAGGAGAUGAAAUUUAAGGCAGCAAAAUUUUAGUUCGUCAAUACUACAAUCCUUUUUCUCAUAUUAUAUAUAUAUUUUUAUUAAAGACAAGAGAGAAGUUGAGAUAUGCAAAAUGAUAAUAAUAACUGGAGAAAUAUGGCAAGUUGUAAUUGUAUAGAGUUGUAGAAAUUGAUUUUCGUGCAAGAGGAUCAUCAGAAGCCAACCACCGUGAAGAAUAUUUAAUUGUGAAUGAGGGAAAGAUGAAAACAACAGAGAAUAUUGGUUAAAAAAAAAGAAAAAGUUGUUUCUUGCAUGAAAUGCAAGGAAGAAAAUCUGUAAUGCAAUUGAGAAAGAAAAAUCAUUUAUUUUAUAGUAAUUAUUUAUUGAAAGCAUGAUAAAAUUUACUCUGAAAGUGAAAAAAAGGAUAAAUAUCGCAAAAAGACAGGAUUAUCUUUUUUUGGGAUAAAAUGUUUUCUUCUGUUCAUCCUCAUUGAUUUUUGUCUUAUUUUUUAUUGUCAUAUAACCCUAUAUUAUUGAAUAAAAAGAAAUGGUGAAAUUGAAUUAUUAUUUUACACUCUUUAUCUCAUAUUCUCUUCAGUGUCUGUAAAUUUUUCGGGAGGUAUUUAGUAACAUUCUUCACGAAUUGUCAACAAUUUCAAAUUCCCACUCAUUUUUUUGGAAUGAAGUUCCGGGACAGGCACUCAAAUUAGAGAAUGGAUAGCGUGAAAUGCAGAUUGAAGAAAACAUGAUACAAAUCAUAAGGAUACAAAAAUACUGCCUGAUCGUUGUUGUUUAAUUAUUAUGAUUAAUAUUUCAUUUUUUAAUGCUAAUUGUUAAGAUUGUAAAUUUCUUUUCUGUGUUUAUUCCCACUUUUUUUUAGGAAUAUAAAAAAAUAAUUGCGAUAACAGACAUUUCUCAAAAUUUUUCUCGACACACAAAGAGAGUGGAUAAAAUAAAUUUAAUUUAAUUUUUUUUGUCAAAAUCGGUGAGAAAGCUUAUAGAGUGUAAUAGUAGUAAAAAUUUUAUGAAUUAAAUUGUGUUGUUGCUGACGAGAAAGUCCUAUUGAAGCAGUAAAUAGGCGAAAGGAAUAAUGUCUUUUUUUUUAGUAUAAGUGAUGAGGAAAAUGACAAAGUACAUCUUAUAAAUUGGCCUGAUUUCAAUGUAAAUUAAAAAAAGAACUAAAACGUACAUGCUGUUAAGUGAAUGUGAAGAGAUAAUUAGGCAGUCACAAGACAUGUUCUUCGUUUUUCAAAUUCUCUAUUGACAAGCAUUAUUAAUUUUUUUUUUCAUUUCGUAAAUGUGUUUUUUCUUUGUUUUAAGAAAAAGGUGUUCAAUCAAGAGUUCCACAAGAUCAACUUGGGAUCUCUUGUGAAAGUUUUCUUUUCAGUUAUCAGUUCGUCAUAUGCGGAGCGCGGCACACAGAAAGAACUAUAUAGUAUUAUAUUUAAAGAAAAGAAAAUAGAAUUUUUGAUGAAUAAAACGAGAUGAAAAAAGAAAACAAUUUUAUUGAGAUCAGCCGGACUUCAAGAAAAAUUGAAUAAAUAUAAUUAUGUUACUAUUAAUUAUGUUUAAUAUUAUAAUGAAUAAGUGAGAAAAAGAAAGGAAUUAAAUAGAACUGUAUUUUUGUUUGCAAAGAAUUAUUAAUUAUAGAGAGAAUAAUGAUGAAAAAAGAGAGAAUAAUAAUUAUAAAAAAUGAUGAAAAAUAUAUAUAGAGGUGAGGACAAAAAAAACAUUUUUAAAAUGGAGAAAAAAUCUAGUAGAUAUUAAAAUUAAUAAUUAUUAGAUUUAAAAAAAAAUGGAAAUGAAGGAAAUUUGAAGAUGAGAAACAAAUAAUUCUAUUAUUAUUACAUUAAAGAAAAAAAAGAAGAGAAACAAAACAGAUGAAACCAUGAUGGAAUAGAACACGAGAUAGGCUUACUGCCGAUAUGAAAUUUAAGAAAGAAAUAAAAACAGUCGUAUGUGAACGUUUUAAUGUGAAGUGGAAAAGUAUAAAAUCACAUCCGUAGAAGGCACAAGGUGUAAGAAGAGAGAAAUAAUAAUAAAUUGUAUUUAGGCCUAGGACCUAAGCUAAAUAAUGAUGAAGAAAAAAAAAACAA